AUGAGAAGCCUCAACCAAUGCGUCCUGGAGCUACACAGUUCUACUGCUGGUAUACAUCGCACGAUCGAAAUGAUCAAUUGGAAACUGAGCGAAAGAAACCGGAACUCCUUUGCACCGACGGCAGAAGAAUAUCAGAUUUGUCUGGGUUGUAAACAGAUCGAGCCUGUGGCGAAGGCAUUUGUGCGAACCGGUUGUUGCGCUGGCAGCGCAGUAUUUUCGCCGAUCGAGCGCAGGUUCUUGUCUGUUGAUCACCGCAACCAUCACUCUUCGAAGGUCUGCGUUGUGAAAGCCAAUACAACCGCAAACAUGUCGUAUCCCCCUUAUCCACCUUCUGAUCCUGGAUAUGUGAAUCCGUCUUCGAUCGGUUUACGUCCUGCCGAUCACACUAUCGGGUGGAAUGUGCCCGGCGGCGCUGCCCCAUCUGCAGUCGGUAGUGGUCAAGGACCGACACCCCAGGUUUACCCGUACUCUACUGGCCAGGAUCAACAAACACCUGUUCGAACUUUAAGUUACAACCCAGGGGUAUCCGCCGGAAUGAAAUCCGAUGGAACUAACCUUCCGUACCCCGGUUCAAAUGCAGCUCCUCAACCCAGUUAUCCUGUCUAUCCCGGUGGUGGAUAUGCGGGUGGUAACACCGGCGGAUAUCCGCAGGGUUAUCCCCAGUUCGGUAGCUCCGAAAAUGUGCCGACAAGACCGGUUGUUUAUCCUGCACCUAGUUAUCCGGGGGCCUAUCCGGCAAGUAAUGCGAGUACGGGUUAUCCCCGUCAGCAGUUCAGUGAUGGCCAAGGGCAAUCGUAUGGAGGAACACCACCAGUAAGUACCCAGCCUUAUGGACAGGGGUCAAUGAAUCUGCCAUACGGUGGCGCAGUUUCCAAUUUGUCUUCUGUUGGGCAGCAACCAUCGACUGUCCCAUACGCUCCUGGCUCCGGAUCCGCGCGUUACGGCCAGCAGUCGUAUCAGUCUGGGGGAUCAGGAAAUCGAAGCACGUCAGGUUAG